AUGGCCGUCUCCGAUAGGUCGCGCAACGCGCUGCUCCCCAGCUUCCUCUACGCGGCCCCCUCCGCCGCCGCCGCCUCCACCCCUUUCUCUGCGGCCGCUGGCAUUGGUGGCCGCGGGCUCGUCGCACCGUCCCAUGCGGCGGCGACGAGGCCGGCGGCGUGGGCGCGGGCGCCUAGCGAGCCGUCCCGGAAGAUCGAGAUGUACUCGCCCGCCUUCUACGCGGCGUGCACGGCCGGUGGCAUCACCAGCUGCGGGCUCACGCACAUGACCGUCACGCCCCUCGACCUCGUCAAGUGCAACAUGCAGAUUGAUCCAGCCAAGUACAAGAGCAUCUCUUCUGGAUUUGGUGUUCUCUUGAAAGAGCAAGGGGCAAAGGGUUUCUUCAGAGGCUGGGUGCCUACUUUGAUUGGUUACAGUGGUCAAGGCGCCUGCAAAUUUGGUUUCUACGAGUUCUUCAAGAAGUAUUACUCAGAUAUUGCUGGACCUGAGAAUGCAGUCAAGUACAAGACUUUGAUCUAUCUUGCUGGCUCUGCUUCGGCUGAGGUUAUUGCAGAUGUUGCCCUCUGCCCUAUGGAGGCUGUGAAGGUUCGUGUGCAGACACAGCCUGGUUUUGCAAAAGGUUUAUCUGAUGGGCUACCUAAGUUUGUGAAGGCUGAAGGAUAUGCUGGAUUGUACAAGGGAAUUGUUCCUCUCUGGGGCCGUCAAAUUCCAUACACUAUGAUGAAAUUUUCCUCCUUCGAGACGAUUGUUGAGAUGAUCUACAAGUACACAAUUCCUGCCCCCAAGAGCGAGUGCAGCAAGUCUCUCCAGCUCGGAGUGAGCUUUGCAGGGGGUUACGUUGCUGGAGUGUUGUGCGCAAUAGUUUCGCACCCAGCUGACAACCUUGUUUCAUUCCUCAACAAUGCCAAGGGAGCAACUGUGGGCGACGCUGUGAAGAAACUUGGUCUGUGGGGUCUGUUUACUCGUGGUCUCCCUCUGCGUAUCGUGAUGAUUGGUACCCUCACUGGAGCUCAGUGGGGCAUCUAUGAUGCUUUCAAAGUCAUGGUUGGACUGCCAACUACUGGUGGAGUUGCUCCGACUCCUGCUGCCGCUGGAGAGCAGCUCAAGGGCUGA